AUGGUUUUGUCAGCGCAAAGCCAAGGAGGAUUGAAACCUGGGUUCUAUUCUUCUUCAUGUCCAAAGGCUGAGGUGGCCGUCAGGUCUACUGUUCAAUCACACUUCAACAAAGAUCCCACCAUAGCUCCUGCUUUACUAAGGCUUCAUUUCCAUGAAUGUUUCGUGCAGGGUUGUGAUGGGUCAGUGUUGAUUGCGGGGUCUUUGGUUGAGAGAAAUGUCUCGCCGAAUCUCGGAUUAAGAGGCUUUGAAGUCAUCGAUAAUGCAAAAAUGCAACUUGAAGCUUUGGGUCUUGGCGUGGUAUCAUGUGCUGAUAUAUUAGCACUUGCUGCUCGUGACGCCGUUGACUUGAUAUUCUCAACUCACUUUGUUGAUUAUUUUUCCUGCAACAUAAACACUUACAGUGCACUUGGUUGUGAUGGAUCAGUGUUGAUUACGACAUCUUCGGCUGAGAAAAAUGUAUUGCCGAAUAUCGGAUUAAGAGGCUUUGAAGUCAUCGAUAAUGCAAAAAUGCAACUUGAAGCUUUGUGUCUUGGCGUGGUAUCAUGUGCUGAUAUAUUAGCACUUGCUGCUCGUGACGCCGUUGACUUGAUAUUCUCAACUCACUUUGUUGAUUAUUUUUCUAACAAUGAUUGA